AUGGUUUGCCUUCUUUCAGUGUUUUCGUUGGCCGAGGCGACCAGGAGCUGCUGGAGCUGCUUUCUGGACAAACGGCUCCCUUCGUCUCUACUGGCUCCACUGGGAGCCACUGGAAUAUUCUGCUCCUCUAUAUCCAGUAGAAAACCUCAGCGAUCCUUUGACGAAAUGGGUUGUCCUGAGCACAAAGACCACCGAAACGGCUUGAGCGACGAACAGUUUGCAUACAGAUCUAACCGCUCGACUGAGGAUGCCAUCUCCUCUGCUCUUCAUCUGAGCCCGGUACACCUGGAGAAAAGAAACCCCCACAUACGAAUGCUGUAUUGGACUUCAGCUCAGCAUUCAAUACGGCCAUCCCUCAGGACUUGGUAUGCAAACUGGUCCCCCUGGGCUUCAAUGCUCCACUGUGCAACUGGCUGCUGGACUUUAAACACUGGCUACCCAGAGGGCUGUGUCCUGAGCACCGUGCUGUUUACCCUGAUGACCCACAACUGUCGUCCCAGGUUUAACACCAACCUCAUCAUGAAAUAUGCAGGUGACACAACAAUUAUGGGACUCAUUCAGGACAAUAAUGAAGGGAACUACAGAAAACAAGUACAACAUCUUGUGGACUGGUGCAGAAUAUACAACCUGCUCCUGAACGUCGACAAGACAAAAGAGAUCAUUGUCGACCUCAGGAGGUCUCGACCCAACCACACACCACUUCUUAUCAAUGACGAAGCAGUGGAGAUCGUCAGCAGCAAUAAGUUACUGGGGGUUCACAUUACAGACAACCUAAGCUGGACAAUUCACAUCACUUCACCGGUGAAAAAGGCACAGCAGCGCCUGCACUUUCUGAGAUGAAGUCUCUGCGAAGAGUGGUGAAGACAGUGGAGAGGAUCAUUGGGGCGCCACUUCCCCCAUCCAAAGCAUUGCACACAGACACUGCUUAGCCAGAGCAAACCAGAUCCUUUCUGAUUGAACCUAUCCUCUCCAUAAUCUGUUCAUCCGCUUGCUGUCUGGGAGGAGAGU